GUGUCAAGCGACUUAUAGGCAUCGGAGAUCGAGGAAAAUUAUGGAUCAACUUCGAUUACAUUCGCAACAAUUAAGACGAAAGACAAGUUACGUGAUGUGACGACCCAAAAUUCUUUGAAUCUUAAGCUAAACGAUUGCAUUGUUUUUUUGGGUUCAUGUAAUGCCUUCGGGCAGACGUGGAAAAAAAAUUUUAGGACGUUUUAGUUCCCUGAAGCGCUCUGUUAGGUCAAGUCCAACGAAUCAAAAUGAGACGUUACAGAUCGGAGUCUCUUAGUCUAGAGUGGUCCUUGUCUGAUUGCCUAAUAAACAGGUCCACAUUUUUGUCCAGUAGUAACCUACUCGUUCUCAUUUGCAAAUGUCGGCCUGCCAUUGUUAAUACUCGUUAAUACUUCUGCUGAGUGACGCUAUAUCAGUUCCCGCCUUUCAAUGAGGGAGUGAAGCAUUUCUUUCGACAAUAAUGUGGAAAAGAACUACAACUUAUUUGCAGCUACAGUUUACCUUGGUGUGUUGGUUAGCCGCGAUUGCCGAAGGAAAGUUUGAUAGCUCAGCAAUUACCAGAGAAUCGCCAAAAUUGCAACUGCUUCCCCGUCCUUUGUUAGAUGAAUCAAAAGUCUAUCACAGCAACAGAUGGAGAUUUCAUGUGCGUCCAAAAUCACCCAAAUUAUUUCUUCCUCCGAAUGGCCAUCUGAUCACCAAGCGCUCGAGAAGUCUAAGAGAAGCCGAGGAUAUCUCAUCACCUAUACGAGAAUCAAUGACUUCGGAGGAUGCCGACACAUUUGUGAAGAAUAAUGACGAAUUUCACUUAACUUCAGAAAUGGUAGGAGGAGGAGGACUGCAAUUAUUUGGUGUUACAAAUUCGUUCGUGAAUCCUGGAGCCCUGCUAUCUUCAACCAUCGAAAAUGGAUUAAAACAACUGUCAGAAGCUGCAAAUUCUCUUAGUAAUAAAACAUCGGUCGUUGUUCAGCCAUCUCCUGCCACAACAAACGGAUCACUUGCCCAGUUUUUUGGGAUUGCUAGUGGAAACUUAGAAGAACAACGUAAUAUUAUAACCAACCCUAUUAAAAAAGAAUAUCCAUCCAUCACAAAUGGCACGCUCGCACAGUUUUUUGGAAUUGCGAACAUAUAUGUUGGUGAUGAACCCAAAAAAUCAACCAUCAGUCAACCAUCAGAUUGCUCCGAAUGUCCAUUUAUCAAUUAUAUCGGAUGCCUGGCACCACCAGAAGAGAAACAGCACGCAAUUCUGACUGUUACAGUAACAGCAUGCGAGACUCUUUCUUCCCUCGGUGCAUGUUCAGCGGCUUCUUCAGCACCGAGUGGCACCCUUUUCGUCUCGUACCCGUUUGGCAGCAGUAGCAGUAGAAGGAGUUUCAUACAAUAUCUGCAAAGAAAGAAGAAAAAGAAGAAACCAUCGUCAUUGGCUACGACUGGAUCUGCAGUUGUCGGAAUUGUGGCUACACCUCCGAACACAAAAGUCAGUGUGACUUGUCCCAAUAUUCCUUCCGGCAUUACUGUUACAACGCAAAAUGGCCCGGUGUUACCAUAUAGACCUAGAGAGGAAACAGGAUUCAUUCAACUUCUAGUUUCCGGAACAGCAUCGCCGGCUAACGUUGCAGUUGCUUGUGUGUGGACGUCAAGUCCAUAAAAGUAUUUUAUAACUAAUUUUGUCGUGGGUUCAAUUACCUUUCAUGGUUGUACCUAUACGGGGGUGGACCGGGGUGGACUGCUGCAGAUUGCAUUUUCUCUGUCGUUACCUGCUUAAUCCUCUUUCAAGGGCAAAGAGAAAAGUUUUUUAAAGAUGAAAACUACCCCUUAACCCCCUCCUCCCACCCUUUUCUUAGCUUAGCGCGUAAAAACACUUUUCUAACUGUGUUUGGCUUUCCUCCAACUAUUGAAAUCAUUUUGUCACUCUCAAUCAACUGAGCUACCAACGAAAGUACUUGAUCGCUUGUUAACAAGCAAUGGGCAUGAUAUGUAAUGGUUAAUGGCCCAUACAGUUCUGAUAGAAUUUCUAUUUGACUAUAGCAUUACAUCUGACUAUUCCGUAA